AUGGCUCGUGCCAACCUGCCCCUCAUCCUCACUACAACUAACUCCAUCUUGCCCAAGAUCUCCUACGAAAUGGAGCGACCGCGUGUCAUUUCUGGGUUUAAACGGGUCGCAUGGCCCGAACUUCGUCGCUUGCCUCUAACAAUGUCAAUGAAAAACAUGCCCAUGGGUAUCAAGCAAGUGCGUCAGGACAUUGUACGCGAAGCCCUCUCAAUCAUGAAGAAGCAUGGUCUGCAAUUUGAAGAUGAGGAACAACACUGUAGUCCUGAAAUGGAAAUGCGAGGUUUGCCUGAGGAAUCUAGCACCAUACCGACCAUUCUCAUAUUAGCACCAUGGUCAACUGAGAAGCAACGUGAUUGGGAGACAGCUGCACAGGAAAUGGCUAUGUUUUUGGCUGAUCUGUCAAGGGUCUGCUCAUUCAGCGAAACCGACAUUCAUGUGGAAAUAAUGGCCCUCGAACUAGUGCAGAGAACCUACUACACCAAUAUCGACGACCCUGUCUUUCAAAGCGCUUGGGAAUGCUUGGGCAGUACUAUCUUCAACCGCUUACAGUCGCUCAGAGCAACUCAAGGCCACAUAACGUGCCUCUCUCUCCAGAAGUACGGGACGAACUCUCUUCGCGAAGACAACCCACCUACAGUAUAUAUAUCGGUUAGCUAUGACUCUGAUGAGACCCAAUGGUAUGAAGUAGUCACAGAGGUCAAGGAAACUCUUGAUGCGGCCGGAUGGAGCGAUGUUCAAGUUCAUAUCGAGCAUAACGAGGGCAUGAUUGGUUAUUUUGACAACUAUACCAGCCCAACAAUAGAGCAAAGGAAUCGUGGCUACAGGCUGAAGAAACGCACUGAAGAUCAUUAUUACUCAACCGUUCAUAUUGGAGACGACUUCGGCGCUGCACGUUAUAUCCAGCGGACCGAUGGGGAGCAACUGUGUCCCUCAAAUGGCACUAUUGGCUGUUUCGUGCAGCUAAAGACUUCCGACCCUGCGCCGACUUGGCGGACCUUCAUCCUUACAUCUUAUCAAGCGGUCCGACCUGCCUUUGAUGGCUUCACCGUGACGCCAAAUGGUACAGAUUCUAGCGUUACACCUCCAAUAGCCAACAGCGACCUCUGGACGGUCGACUCAGUUGGGUAUACACCAAAUUCGUCGGCCAAGCCUACAACCUUUGAAAGCCCCUCUCGAUCGAAGCAUGAUUUUAAUAUUCGCUAUAUUGACGGAGAUGUUACUUAUUUUACGGAGUAUAUCCAAUGGUUGGAGAAAAACGAUGGGCCCAGAAAGGAAGAACAACUCCAAGAUUUUAGGGGGAGAGUGGCGGUUUUGAGGGAUGAAAGGAAACAGAAGACCGAUUUCUUCGAGGCUAACAAGCAGGCCCUUGGAAGAUUGUAUGCCGCAUCAGGAUUCAAGCGUAGGGUUGUAGGCAGAAGAAUGGACUGGGCGCUGAUCGAGAUCGACCGGCCAUGGCAUGAUCGUCUUCCGGGACUUGAAGAAUGGGAGUCUCUCCCCGCUAGAAUCACGGAUACGCCUUAUAUGACCUAUGGGAUGCAACUUGAAGAGCAAACACGGUCGAUUGAGGCAUUGAGUGCAUUUGCUUGGUCAAGCAGAAGAUUGGACGUUUACAAGAUUGGAACAAGCGGGGGGCCGAUGGUUGGAUCCCUUCUUUGCACAAACAACCUUGUCACUAUAAGAGACGACCAAUAUAUGAAUCCCUCGCCAACAGAGGAGAUGGCUUUUGAACCGAAACGCUACAUUUAUGAUAGUGAGCGUGGAUUCUGUGCCCCUGGGGAUUCAGGGUCCGUUGUGUUUGAUGAAGAUGGAGGUAUUGUUGGUCUUAUGAUUGGGGGACACCAUAAUAACAACUCAUACAACCACGGAUAUGGGUAUGUAACUCCUAUUGAGUACGUUUUCAAAGAUAUUAAGGACCUUUUGGAAGGACAUGUUGUCGAUAUUCGGAUAGCAGAGCUCUGA